AUGAGUAAUGUAUUACGGAAUUUCGAUUAUUUGGAAAUAAUUGAUUUCUCAUUGGCUUCUAAUAAAUGUCAGUUCGUGAUUCAGUCGAUGAAAUUCCAAACUUUUGGAAUAUACAAGUAUUUGAAACGAAACACAGCAUUGACACAACACAAAACCGAGAGAAAUACGAUUUGUAUUGAAUUUACGAAGGAAUGGACAGAUUAUAUUUGUGCUUUAUUCCGCAAGGAUCUGAGCUGUCUUGCAAUGAACUCAAAUUCAUCGACUCAUGAGAUUUUAUCCAUCACGGAUUGGAUCAACAAAAAACAGUGGACUCUAGAGUAUUAUGUGGAUGCAUUUUUUGUGAAAAACAGAUCUUCUAAAUAUCCUGUUAAUUGGUUGACUGUGGACGAUAUAAUGAUUUCAUUAUGUAGGAUAAUAAUGAUUGAGACAUGCUCCUUUGAUGAGAAUGACAUAAAUCGGAUAUUAAAAGGAUGGCUCAAUGGAAAUAAUUCACAACUGGAAUCGUUUACUGUAGUGUUGAAGAUGCUCAAUUUCCAAUUAGUAUUAGAUGGAAUCGAUUUCGAACGGAAAGAUGAAACACUCAAAAGAGAAUUCGAAUAUGAAUUCGCGGGAAGGCAAUGUAAUACACUUCAGUUCACAGGAGGAUUUGACAUUCGCAGAAAAGAUGGCACACUUGCCACAGUUCAACAGAGAUACCAUUUUCCGUCUAAUGCUCCGAUUUUCUGGUUCGUGAUGGUAGUGUGGCCGAAUAACUAA